UCCCUUGUUUCAACGCAUUUCUUGUGCCUUUUGCCAGCCACCCGCGGGACUUUUAGACUCAGGCCUUAGAGUUUGAUACUAAUUGAAGUAAUAUAACGCAGUCGGGCCUUGGCGUUCGUUUCAUUGAUACGUUCUUAAUCGUCCUUAAAAUUUUCACGGGCACAAAAAGACACAGGAGAAUGAUUCCUUGCACUCGUGUAAGAAGUGAAUUAUCUCGCUGAAAGUUAACGUUUGAAAAUUCGAAAUUGUCAAUUCGUUUAAAUCUCAAGUGUUUUCGCCGCGUGAAACUUUCCGCGGUAAUAUAAAAUAUAUUCCACAUAUCGUGUGAAUAUGUUUUCAUUCAGGCUCAGAAUUUUGUUCACGUUGUUUACUGUUUUCGGCCUAUUUUGUCGUAAUUAUUCAUUCGAAGUUCAUCAAUCGAAUGAAUUACACGAUUUCAAUGGUACCCAUGCAGCCAAUCAGGAUCAAGACGCCUGGUCUGCAAACUCUUCGACUGCAGACUUCCUCAACAGCGGACUUAGGAAAAAACCAUUUAAACAACAAAGUUUCCCUCAUAUUUCUAAACUGAAAGUCGAGGUUCUGUCGAAAAUGCUCAAAAUCCACGUAGAUGAAUUGCGGGAUAAAACUGACCAGGUGGAACUGGUUUUUCUUGUUGAUGCGUCAGCGUCGGUUGGUUUGGAAAAUUUUCGCAGUGAGUUGAAUUUCGUUCGUAAGUUGCUAGCGGAUUUUACCGUGGCCAGAGAAGCCACACGGGUCGCCAUUGUGACCUUUGCUGGAAAAACCAACGUAAUACGACAUGUGGAUCAAAUAUCCAGCGUCGAAGAUGAUAAUCAUAAGUGCAAUUUGCUCAAUCAUCAGAUCGGAAGCAUCGAAUACACAGGCGGUGGAACCUACACCCGAGGUGCUCUCCUCGAAGCCCUUGAUAUUUUACAACACAGUCGCUCCGGGGCCCGUACAGCUGUUUUCCUGGUAACGGAUGGAUUCAGCAACGGAGGAGACCCUAGGCCAGCUGCCACUCUAUUGAAAAACGCUGGUGUCAUUGUUUUCACCUUCGGAAUUCGAACAGGAAAUAUUGGAGAGUUACAUGACAUAGCGAGUGAACCUGGCUACGUUCACAGCUACCUCUUGGACAGUUUUCCUGAGUUCGAAGCACUGGCUCGUAGAGCAUUGCAUCACGACUUGCAGUCGGGCGAGUAUAUUAAGAUUAAUUUUCUGCAAGACUGUGAUUUACUAUGCUCCAAAAAUUCGACCGAAAUUGAUGACACGCGGUGUUGUGACGCGAAUGCAUCUUGUGCUUGUGGAACAGCCACUGGUCACUACGCCUGCUUAUGCCACCCGGGUUAUUUUGGAUCUGGAUUUUAUGGUUCCUGUCAACUUUGUCCGAAUGGAACAUUCGGUCCUGGGAAUAUCCCAGGAGAUUCCAAUGCAGCCUGUAUUCCUUGCCCAGACUUGAAUCACGUUACUAUCAAGAGCCCUGCGAUUAGUUCAGCUGAUUGUGUUUGUGCAGCCGGGUUUACUACCAAUGGAAAUAAAUGUGAAGCCAUAACUUGCCCCAAACUAAAAGUGCCAGAAAAUGGGUAUUUAGUGAAAGCAAGUGCCUGUAACAAUGUUGUUAAUGCUGCGUGCGGAGUUCGUUGUAAAAUUGGUUUUCAUCUAACCGGCGACAGCAUUCGACUUUGUCUUAACAGUGGUGCGUGGUCUGGUACUCAACCACAGUGUCUUUUAAAAACAUGCCCGGCACUACAAGCACCGCCGCAUGGAAAAAUACGGUGUGAGCACGAGGAUGAUCAUCAGGUGAUAAAUGCCGGCCUCUCUGCAUAUCCAAUAGACACUCAUUGUGAAUACAAAUGUGAUAUCGGCUAUCAGCUGCGUGGAAGCAGAGCCAGAAAUUGUUUGCCUCUGUCAAGAUGGGAUGGCCUCAGGGUAUCUUGCCGACCAAUCAAAUGCCACCCCCUGAGAUCUGUGCCAAAUGGUGAAAUAAUACCGCCACAGUGCACAGGGUACAAUAAACUGCCUUUUGCCACAAAAUGUACCAUUCGAUGCAAAGAAGGCUUCACUCGCACGGGUCCAGAGAACAAAGUCUGUGCUGGAUUCACUGGCUCCUGGUUGCAUCGUCACAAUGUGACCCAAUGUAUAGAUAGCACUCCCCCAAAUAUAACUUGUCCUUCGAACAUCACCGUUGAGACUUUGUCAGGCAAAAACUAUUCCAUGGUCAACUGGACGAAGCCAUUAGCAAUUGAUAACGCCAAGGCUGCCCCCAUGGUUUGGACCGAGCCAGCUGUUGAAGCACCAUGGAAAUUUGGAAUUGGAACUCAUGUGGUUACGUACAUAGCGCAAGAUGCCAGUAAAAAUAGGGCAGAAUGCAAAUUCAGUGCUACUGUUAUAGACAAGGAACCACCCACUGUUGAAAACUGCGUUGAUCCUCCUAUUUUUCUACUUGAGAACAAGUCGAUGGCAAUAAAUAUUACUUGGGACGAGCCUGUAUUUUAUGACAACUCUGGACAUCCUCUGGAGAUUAGUAAAAGUCACACACCUGGAACAGAGAUUUUCAAUCUCGGGACAACUCAAAUCGUGUAUAAUGCAACAGACAAGGCUAAUAAUACGAGAACUUGCACAUUUAAUAUCACUGUAGAAGAUGCAUGUGAAAACGUUCCAUCUCCAACAAAUGGGCACAGCGAUUGCUCCGUUCUGCAGGAAGGGAUUCGGUGCGUUGUGGUAUGUGCUGAAGGCUACGGUUUUGUAUUACCUGAAACAGCUUCAUACAUAGAUGAUGAGAAUGUAACUUUGACUUGUAACAAUGGCAAUCAUUCAUGGAAUAACGAGGUGUUUCCUGAUUGUUCUGUGACGCAAGUACCCUAUGCCAUAUCUCAAGAUCUGACUGUCGUAUUGGAUACAAAUACUUCUAACUGCAAUGAUCGGACAGCUCUGAAUUCACUAAGUCAGAACAUCAAAGCUGGCUUGGAAUCACAAAUGAAACAGGUGUGUGACGAUGAAGUACAAUGUAACAUUUCUCAAUCUGCGUUCGAUUGCAAUGGUGGAAUGGAUGAAGACAGCAAUGCUUCGAAUACCAUUCUAAAUACGUCGACUCGUAAACUGAGAAGAAGUGUUAAACGUUUUCCUCACAGUGACAAAAUUGCUGUUAGGAGAGGUUCAAAUUCUUCGAAAAACCAUACAAAAUCUGAAGUUAAAUGGGACAAAAUUGAAUUGAAGUAUAAAAUUAUUGGAAAAAUGAUUGAUGACAAUGGAAACAAUUCAAACCAAGAAAUCAUUCAGUUGAAAAAGAAAAUAGAAACAAUGAUGAAAGGUGGUCAUUUAAGUCUUCUUGACAAUAAAACAAGCCUACAGGAAAUCAGCAAAAAAGUUCUACGUCUUUAUGUAAUAUUCGAAAAACCUAAAGAACUCUGCUCCACUGGUAGCGUCCUGAAGAAGCACCGUUGUGUAAAAUGUCCAAGUGGUACAUUCCAUAAUACAACGAAGAAUCGUUGUCAGUCCUGUCCGUUGGGAGAAUAUCAAGAGGACGUUGGAUCUAGCACCUGUAAGAAAUGUCCGGAACACACUUCAACAAGAGGAAAGCAUUCCAAACGUGCGUCAGACUGUUUAGAUUUUUGUCGUCCUGGUUAUUAUUCUCGACGUAAAAGGCACCACAAAUCGACCCUUGCCUUCGAGCCAUGUGUCACUUGUGCAAAAGGCUUUUAUCAACCUGAUUAUGCUCAGUUGAAAUGCAUACCUUGCCCAGCAAAUACAACAACGUACAAUCGUGGAUCUUAUAACAUUGACGAAUGUCUUGUCAUUGAUCAUGCUGACAAGGAUCCUUGUCAUAAAAACCCUUGUCAUAAUGGAGGAAAAUGUGUGCCAGUCGGUAGUGACUUCAAGUGUGAAUGUAUUGGAGAUUUUAUUGGUUCCAAAUGCGAGAUUCGUCCAAAUCCAUGCGAUUCUUUGCCUUGCUUGAACGAAGGCCAAUGUAUUGCUUUAGAUGGCAUUAAAAAUUCAAUAGAACAUAAAUGCCUGUGCAAGAGCGGCUUUACAGGAAUCAAUUGUGAGACUUAUAUCGACGAGUGCUCAACAAAUCCAUGCCGGAAUGGAGGAUCGUGUAUUAGUACAGAGGUGGAUUACAAGUGUAUUUGCAAAAAUGGAUUCGAAGGUGAUAAUUGCGAAGUAGUGAUUGACCAUUGCAAAACAUCGAUCUGUGAAUCUGGAUCAAAAUGUCAUAUCAUUAAUGGGACGUGGCAAUGCAUCUGCAAACCGGGCUUCUUAGGACGUCGUUGUAGCCGGCUUCCUUGUGAUUGGUUACCCUGCCACCAAAAUGCUGUCUGCGUUAAUAUCGAGGAAUUAAAUGCAACCAAAAAAAGUUACAGGUGCGAAUGUCCAGAGGGUUAUACAGGAAUGGAUUGCACUACACGGGUGAAUCACUGUAAAGAUUUGCCUUGUAUGAACAACGGAACAUGCAUGAACAAUUUCUCGAAUUUUAGUUGCGAAUGUCGAAAAGAAUUUAAUGGAUCCAAGUGUGAAAAUGAAUUAUUGUCACGGUAUACAAUGUACUUUCCCAAGUCUGGGACCACAGAUUACGUGAUGCUGAGCGGACCAAACAAAAAUCUAUCGCAAUUUACUGUUUGUUUGUGGCUUCAAUCGUUAGAUACGGUCAACUAUGGUACGGUCCUUUCCUAUGCUACACGACUUCACGACAAUGCUCUUACACUGACAGAUUACAAUGGGUUCGUUAUUUACAUCAAUGGGAACAGAGUUGUCACUGACAUUACUGCCAAUGACGGCUACUGGCAUUUUGUGUGUGUUACUUGGGAAAAUGUCUUUGGAUUUUGGCAGGUGUUUGUGGAUGGUAUCGUUAGAGAAAAUGGUACUCAAUUGGCAAGUGAAACGCUAAUUGAAGGAAAUGGCACUCUGGUCAUUGGACAAGAACAAGAUCGUAUGGGUGGUGGCUUUUCCGAAUCGGAAUCAUUGCUGGGAAAGCUGAGCUCGUUAGAUAUAUGGGACGAAGUUUUGAAUGGCGAAGUCAUAAAAAAGUUAAGUCAGCAAUGCGAAACUUAUCACGGUUCGUUGUACAGUUGGGCUCAGUUUCAACAAUAUGUUCGUGGUAACAUUGAGAUUCAGAAUAGCAGCUUCUGUCACGCUUGCUCAUUACCUAAAGCUCCAUUCAAGGGACAAAUAGAAGUAAAUUACGAUGCUUCGGAGAUAGUCUAUACGUGUGAAAAAGGGUACCUGGUCAAAUUUGGUAAAAAAGAAAGUGCAGUGCUCACCAGGAGGUGUUUAAAACAAGGACAAUGGGAAGGUUACUCUACUCCAACAUGCACAAAAGUGAAAUGUGGUUUUCCUGGAUAUUUUCCGAGAGGUCAGGUACAUGGGAGAUCUUACAGUUACGGUGACCAAAUUCAUUACUCGUGUAAAAAACGUUCAACAUUAAGAGGAAAUCCAAAUCGAAUUUGUACGGCUCAUGGAAAAUGGAGCGGAGUGCAGCCUUUAUGCAUCAGUAAAACAUGCAAAAAUUUACUCGCCCCAGACAACGGUGACAUCGAAUACCUGAUCGAGGACCAUGAGCGAAAUGACACAUCCAUAUUGCAGGUUGGACAACAAUUGGCAUUUAUAUGUAAUCCUGGCUUUCGUGUGCUUGGAAAUAUGUAUUUAACUUGUAUGGAAAACGGAGAGUGGGACAACGCUGUACCUAAAUGCAUCGCGUUUGGCUGCCCUCCGCCGGAAUUGAUGGAAAAUGCGUUCAUAGCAUCUAAUAUUUCGACUGGUGUAGAAAUUUUACCAGCAGAAAGUUUUCUAAACUCUCAACGUGACAACUUAUCGGAGGACAGUGCAUCCUUGAUAUCUGGCUAUUUGUACGGUGAUAUUGUUGGCUUUUCAUGUCGCCAGGGUUUCAAAUUUUUUGGCAAUCAUAAUAUGAUUGCAGAAUUUCGAAUUCAAUGCACUAAUAAUGGAUCGUGGAAUGGAUUGGUCCCUAGUUGUGUUCCGCUGCGUUGUCUAAGACCAGAGCCGAUUAAAAAUGGAAAAUAUUACCUUUUGACCAGCAAUAAUAGUAUGGCAGAAAAUUCAGGUCAUGGCACUUUUGGGAAUUUAACAUUCGUAAACAGAUUGGUACCUAUAAGUACUGAACCUUUGCCUGAUUUUCAUGGCCAUUUUGACAUUCCUGUUUUUACUGACAGACCAAACUCUUCAGAUUCCCAAAGUAAUAUGACAAAAAAUAAUACCAUGCCUGAAGAUUUUCAAAUCGAGUCCAACGCUUCUUUCAUACUUGGAGCACGGAUUUCAAUAACAUGCAACAAAGGAUACAAACUAAUCGGUGCUUCGAUUAGGCAAUGUACAAAUAACGAAACGUGGUCUCCUGAUGCAUCGAAUUGUGAACCUCUGGAAUGCAACGUAGAAAAUCAUCCAAUAAUCAAUGUGCUAAGUACAAAUAGGGAAGAAAUAAAAUUCGAUGGUGAAAUAGAGAUGAAUAUUAAAAACCAAAGUAUCGUGGACAUUUUUCGGGCAAACAAAUACAUUCGAGGGACUCUGCAGAACUUCAUAUUCAAGAAUACAGGAAAUGUUUUUGGUGAUACGAUAAGUUUAACGUGUGUGAAUGACACCAAGAUUCAUUUUGAUGGUAUUGGAAUAAACAGGAUUUUGAGAAAUGUUACAUGGAAAUGCAAUGAAAACGGUGUGUGGGAAAUUAUGUAUAAAGAGACGAGCAACGAGGAUUUUCAACGGAUGGUGGAUGAGAAAAAGGAAACACUCUGUCGAGAAACUGUUUGUGGUUUACCAAAGACACCAAGAAACGGAUAUAUAGUUGACGAUAUUACUAAUAGCAGUGUGAUAAAGGUGGGUGACUCUGUUAUGUUCAAAUGUCGCAACGGGCACAUGCUUGCAGGUGGUGAAAGCGCAAAAUGUCUUUCGGAUGGCACAUGGUCGCCAAUACCUAAUUGCGAAUCAGUAACAUGUGGAAAGCCACCAAUCCCUCGUAAUACAGUUCUUAACGAUAGCAGUGCUGAAAUUAGCGGCUAUGUUUCUGGUAAUAUGGUUUCGUACCGGUGCGUUUCUGGCUAUAAAAUGUAUGGUCGUGGAAAUGCGCGAUGUUUGGCAAGCGGAAAAUGGUCCAGGAUGAGCGGGAGGUGUUCUAGAAUAACUUGUGGAAAGCCUUCCAUACCUCUUGGUGUUGAAAUUUUGGGUCCAUCUUACCUGUAUGAAGCUCAACUCACUUACAUUUGCCCUGAUCAAAUAAUAAAAGGCAAGAUAACGUGCAAAAGCGAUGGUAAAUGGAGUGAACUACCCGAUUGUACAGCACUGAAUAUUCAGACACAGGCCAGAAAGUAAAGUAAAUAAUACACAGGUAAAUUCUGACGAUAUCUAUGUUGGGUCAGUUUUGUUGUAUGAACCGAUGCCAUGAAAUUCACAUAGAUUCACCCUGUAUUUUAAUUGUAUGGCGUCGUCAAUUGUCAGCUGCACAAUCUUUCUUGUUUCAGGAAUAUAGUCUCACUAUGUCGUAUUUAAAAUGACGUCAGAAUUUUCCAUGAUAGUAGACUUUGGGUUCUUAAUUCUUGUGAAACCUCAAGUAAAAACUGAAAAAAUAUUCAAGGGGAAUUUAAUGUGUUGUUAUAAUGAAUUUUGAAGUUGAACUGGGACUUUUUUGUAUUGUUCGAACUGAAUCAGAUAGCUUAUUAAAUGUCACUGCUUAAUCAGGUCACUGCUUUACACAGAAAACACCACUUAUCACCGAAAUGUUAAAGUUACAAGAGAAUACAGGGCCAUGAUUUUAUUCACUUACAAGAUCGAGAAAUACCUUGCGAGUAUCAUAACUAUUACUUUCAACUUUCUUCUAUAUUCUGAUUACAAUAAAAAAUUAUACAAGAUAA